CACACUUUAGCUGUGCUCUGUAACCAUUGCACAGGGGCUGGGGAAGUACAUUUCCCCAAAGGCCGAAAUGGCAGAGUGUCAAAAUCCCUCUCUCCACCAGGAGCACGGAUAAACCCUGAGCAUUAUGGGCCUUACUGCAAACGCAUUCCUGAUUCCUCAAGAAAAUGUUUGUUCUCCUGGAUUAAAGGUUAGUUAUUUUCCCUUUGGCUUUGAGGUAACAUUGAUUCUUUUGCUGAAUUGCACAUUCUUUUGACAGGUCACCAGAUAUUGAAUAAUUCUGAUUAAGAUAAAACCAAAGAAAAUAUUUGAAUUGCGCUUCAUUAACGGUGGAUAUACGUCAUGUUGACAAACUCUUGAAAGCAGCAGCCACCGUAAAAGUCUCCUCAGCGUCUUUCAUUUGUCGCUGCUAAGGAUUCAGAAGAUAACGGUGUAGUGACAACUAGGAAGUAAAGUUUAGUUGAGGGGUGGCAAAAGCAGCAAUAGAGCGCGGAGGGCGGAGAAAUACUAAACGAAGCAGACGAACAAACGGGAAGUAGCGCCAGCCCCCCUGAAUGGGAAGUGUCUUCAAAAGGUCCAGGGACUGUGCAAGAAUACAGAAAACAAAAGUCUUCUUCCUGCUGGCUGUCUGAUCUCCAUGGGCCGUCAUGUCAGGGAAUAACAGCAUUGCCCACGCCAGGAAGCUGGUGGAACAGCUACGUAUUGAAGCAGGCAUUGAGCGCAUCAAGGUGUCUAAGGCAGCAGCAGACCUGAUGCAAUACUGUGAGCUGCACGGACGCAGUGACCCUCUCCUGGUGGGGGUGCCAACCUCUGAGAACCCCUUCAAAGACAAGAAGCCCUGUAGCAUCCUCUAGCCUUCUGCCAGCCUCCCCGUACUGAGCCCUCACCCUCAUCCUGUGCCCUCGCCAAGUGCCCUCACCCUCAUCC